AUGCUUAAAGGUUUUGCUGACUUGACUUCUGCAGCCGCUGCCACCGCUCUGAACUCAGGAAAAGAGGCACACAAAGCCCUGGAACUGCUCGAGCUCGGUCGUGGUGCUAUUGCCGGCCUCAUGUUAGAUAUGCGCACGGACGUCUCAGAUCUAAGACUACAGCAUCCUGUUCUGGCAGACGAGUUCGUGUUGCUUCGGAACGAAUUAGACUCACCUACUAAGGAAACGGCUCUUCCGACACCUGAUCACGACACCCAAUCCCAGGAAUCGCAGGCGAGGAGACGGCGUGAAGCGAAUCAGAGAUUUGAAGAGCUCAUCGGGGAGGUUCGCAGUCAGCCUGGCUUCCAGAGGUUUCUCCUGCCGCCCACUGCAGAUGAGCUUAUGGCCGCUGCGCAGGAAGGGCCGAUCGUUGUCGUGAAUAUGGAAGCGAUACUCGAGUGGCUCUGGAAAGUUGUUACGCGUCCUGUCCUCGAGGCAUUGGCCUUUCAGAACCCUAUCCAGGACGACAAAUGGCCUCGUAUCUGGUGGAUCCCGACGGGGCUACUAAGCCACUUCCCGCUUCAUGCCGCAGGAUGCCACAUGAAUGGGUCUACUGAGACGGUCCUUGACAGGGUCAUGUCAUCGUACAGCCCCUCAAUCAAAGCGUUAGUUUAUGGACGUCAGCACAGCAAGAACACGUCAGAGCACAUAGUAUUGGAAGGUGCCCUCUUGGUUUCCAUGCCAGACACGCCUGGCCAGUAG